AUGGCUGUGCUUCGGAGGGCGAUCUGGCUCAAUGCCUCCGUCCUUGCGACACGACAGGCUCGUGCCUCGAUUACUCGCUCGCGAUUGUUGCCGGGAUCUGUGACUCCGUUCCGUAGCUAUGUCUCGACCUGUCCCCGACGGCAACAGGCCCAGCAAUCACAAUUCGACACCAGCUCCAACACCCCUAGCCUCCAGUCCUCCUUGGACUCUGCCGCUCGAACGAACCCACAGACACUUACCGAGAAGAUUGUACAACUUCACGCAGAUGGCCUCGGCCAAGGCAGGAGAGUCAGAUCUGGGGACUAUGUGAUACUGCGACCUCACAAGAGUAUGACCCACGACAACUCGUUCCCUGUAAUUACUAAAUUCAUGGAAAUGGGCGCCAUCUCGGUCAGCGAUAAUCGCCAGGUUGUCAUGGCACUUGAUCACGAUGUGCAGAACGAAUCUGAACAGAACCUGCGCAAAUACCGUCUAAUCGAGGAGUUCGCCAACAAGCAUAGCAUAGAUUUCUAUCCUGCUAAGACUGGAAUUGGCCACCAAAUAAUGAUCGAAGAAGGUUAUGCAUGGCCAGGAACACUUACAGUUGCCAGUGACAGCCAUUCGACCAUCUACGGAGGCAUCGGCUGUCUGGGCACCGCCAUUGUCCGCUCGGAUGCAGCGAGUAUUCUUGCGACCUCGACCAUAUUCUGGCAAGUCCCGCCGAUUGCAAAAGUCACAUUAACAGGCGUCUUGCCACCCGGCGUCACAGGCAAAGAUGUCAUCAUUGCACUCUGCACCUUCCUCAAGUCCGAUGUGCUCAACAUGUGCGUCGAGUUCACGGGGUCUGAGCAGACUCUUGCAAGCAUAUCCGUUUCGGAAAGAUUAACUAUUGCGAAUAUGGCUUGCGAAUGGGGGGCGCUAUCAGGACUCUUCCCCGUCGACAACACGCUUGUUUCCUGGUACCGUGCCAGAGCAUCAGCCGCAGCAAUCACUGAUAGCCCUACUAAGUCUCGUCUAAAUCAUAAACGGAUUGAUGAGCUUCUAGAAAACUCUCCCGUAGCUGAUCCUGGUGCUGUGUACGCGAAAGAAUUUUAUCUGAAUCUAUCUACUCUUUCACCCUUCGUUGCCGGACCCAACUCGGUCAAUGUCGCAAACCCUGUUGCGAUGCUCGAGACUAAGAACAUUGCUAUUGACAAAGCCUAUCUCUUGAGUUGCACCAAUGGCAGGAGCACGGACUUUGCAGCUGCUGCUCGUGUCUUCCGCGAGGCUGGUACCGAUGGCAAACCUGCCAAGAUCCACCCCCGGGUCAAGCUCUAUCUUGCGCCAGCGUCUAUCGCCGAACAACGAAUGUCGGAGGAAGCUGGUGACUGGCAGGUUCUUGUUCAAUCUGGGGCCGAGCUUCUUCCCGCCGGCUGUGCUACUUGCAUUGGCUUGGGCCGUGGCUUGCUGGAAGAAGGUGAGGUGGGCAUAUCGGCAAGCAACAGAUCCUACAAAGGACGAAUGGGCAGCCCCAAGGCAUUGUGUUAUCUCGCCAGCCCCGAGGUGGUUGCCGCUAGUGCUAUCAAAGGCGAGAUCGCUUCCCCUGGGUGGUACUUGAAGCCUGAUGGCGUUGAGAAGGUUAUUGUUGGCGAGGGCACCGGUGAUUUUGUAGCUGAUAAGGCUCGUUCUACUGGAGAUGCUUUUGAAAAGCUCAUUGGCGAGAUGGAGAGCAUGAUCAGCGCCGCUGAAGGCACCGCCGAGGCAACAGCAAGCCCAACGGCUACUGGAGACGAGGUCUUGACGGAUGUUCUACCAGGCUUCCCCGAGAAAAUCGAGGGCGAGAUUGUUUUCUGCGACAACGAUAGCAUCAAUACUGAUGGUAUCUAUCCCGGACGCUAUACAUACCAGGAUGGCAUGACGACAGAGCAAAUGGCCGAGGUGUGCAUGGAGAACUACGAUACUAAUUUCCGCAAUAUUAUUCGACCAAAUGAUGUACUGGUAGCCGGGUAUACUUUCGGCUCUGGGUCGUCUAGGGAACAGGCUGCUACUUCUAUCCUGGCUAACAAGAUUCCUCUCGUUGUUGCCGGCAGCUUUAGCUCCAUCUUUAGCCGCAAUAGUAUUAACAAUGCCCUUCUUGGGCUUGAAAUGCCAAAACUGGUCGAGCGGCUUCGUGAAGCGUAUAAGAAUGAUGCAGAGAAGCCUCUGACUCGUCGAACGGGCUGGAAGCUGCUGUGGGAUGUCCGCCGGUCUCAGGUUACUAUUACGGAGCAGGAUGGCACCUCCUGGGUGCAAAAGGUGGGCGAGAUGCCUCCCAAUGUCCAGGAAAUCAUCGCCAAGGGAGGCAUUGUGAAGUGGGUGCAGUCUACUCUCCAGUCUUGA